AGAGGGAUAUAGCGAAGUUUGCAGUUCGACAUUGGUAUAGCAUAUGUGAGCAGUCUUGAGCAAGAAUGUCUGCAUCUUUGUAUUUGGAGCAUUAUCUUGAGAGCAUUGAAGGGCUUCCGUUUGAAAUGCAGCGUAUUUUUACUCUGGUACGAGAGCUCGAUGCUAAGACGCAAGAUAUUCUGAAAGAAGUGGACAAAGAGUGCGAGCGAUACGAGGAAGACGUCUCUUCCCUUCAAAUGGCUCAACGUGACAGCAGAUUGAAGGCAAUCGAUGCUCUUUACUCUAAAGCAAAAGAAUAUGCUGAUGAGAAAGUUUCACUAGCUACACAGACAUAUGAGACAAUAGACAAACACAUCAAACGUCUCGAUUCUGAUUUAGCACGCUUUCAGGCUGACCUCAGAGACAAGGAAUCUCAUUCUGAGCCCGGGAGUUCAGAACUGAUAGUACAAAGAUCAUCCACUGAGAACACAAGCAGGAAGAGGUCUCGACAUUCGAAAAAGGAUAGUGACAAGAAAGCGAGGCGGAAAAGGCCAAAGACGUCAUCUGUACAAUUUUCUGUUGCAUCUGCUACAGCACCGUCUCCUCUAGAAAUGACUUUAGACAUGCCAGUUGAUCCUAAUGAGCCUACAUAUUGUCUUUGUCAACAAGUGUCUUAUGGUGAAAUGGUUGGAUGUGACAAUAUGGAUUGUCCCAUUGAAUGGUUUCACUUCCAAUGUGUUGGAUUGACAGAAAAACCAAAAGGCAAAUGGUAUUGUCCACAAUGCAGUCAACACAGGAAAAAGAAGUGAUCAAAAUUAGCAGCCUAGCUUUAGUAUGUCAUGUGAUGUAGUCAAGGCAAUUGCAUGUGUAUUCUUGUUUUGGUUUGUUAAUUAAGAGGGUACAAGCUGUCAAAUGUAGAGUGACAACUCAAACUCAAAGAUAAGGGACAUAUCUUAUGAAAAUAAUAAGAAAUGUGCUCAUCAUUGUAAA